AUGCACUUUGACGGCACUAUCACGUCCAUCAUAUGUUCGUGGCAAACAGAACUUACAAGAGCCGGAACGUGGAGACAUGUUGCCGGAACGGAGAACCCGGCAGAUGCGCUAUCUCGUGGUAUUCCGCCUGUAGAUCUUGUACAGAAUUCGCUGUGGUGGCAUGGGCCUGCUUGGCUAACUGAAGAAAAGAGUUGUUGGCCCGAAACCCAAGAAGUGAAGCUGGAGGAUUUGGACAAAUCACACCUCGAAGAAGGAUCAGUAGUAGUUACCAUAGCUACAGUAUCUCCGCCGAGCGAAGUCUUCAACCUUCGGGCAACCUUGCGUCAUCUAGAAAAGCUGGUGGCGUGGCUACUGCGGUUCAAGCACAAUGCUCUUCGGAAUCGUGGUGAAAACGGAAAGAGAACGGGUCCCGUAACUCUCAAGGAACGAGAAGAAGCAUUACUCAAGUUGGGGGAUGUCAGUGCCACCUCCCGCAUUAGAACGCUACAUCCACAGUUGUCCGGAGGCAUAUUGCGUGUUGGCGGCCGGCUAGAAAAUGCCAACAUCUCGAUCGACCGUAAACAUCCAAUACUGUUAGAUAAAAAUCACCCUUUAACAACCUUGGUUAUGCGUCAAUACCACUAUGAGCAUUUACAUGCUGGUCCGCAACUUCUAGUUGCCAGUGUCCGAGAACGAUUUUGGCCUCUUAGUGCGCGUAGCCUCGCUAGGAAAAUUGUUCACAGAUGCACUGCCUGCUUCCGCAAUAAGCCUGUGGUACAGGAUCAACUGAUGGCUGAUCUACCAGCAGAGCGUGUCACACCAGCUCCACCAUUCCUACGAGUUGGGGUCGACUACUGUGGACCAUUUCAAGUAUGCUAUCCUAAUCGACGAAGAGUCCCCGUGAAGCACUACGCUGCAAUUUUUGUCUGUUUGGUUACCAAGGCGAUCCACAUCGAAAUGGUGGCCGACCUCACCACACAAGGAUUUCUGGCCGCUCUUAAAAGGUUUGUGGCCAGACGCGGAAAGCCAUCUGUUAUCAUGUGCGACAAUGGGUCCAAUUUCGUGGGCGCGAGACGGCAGCUCGAUGAGCUUGCUGCCUUAUUCAAAGGUCAACAAUCCCAACAAUCCAUCGCGGCAAGCGCGGCGGACAUCGGAAUAGAAUUCAAAUUCAUUCCCGCCAAAUCCCCAAAUUUCGGAGGUCUGUGGGAGGCGGCAGUGAAAGCGAUGAAACAACACUUGCGCAAAACGAUUGGCUUGAAAACUGUUACUUCCGAGGAGUUGAAUACGGUGUUCACGCAAAUCGAAGCUUGCUUGAAUUCCAGGCCACUCACUCAGAUGAGCAGCGACCCGAAUGAUCUCAACGUGCUAACUCCUGGACACUUCCUAAUCCAACGUCCACUGACGGCGGUGGUCGAGCCUUGUUUGCAAGAAGUUCCUGAGAACAGGCCGCUGGCCUUCCAGCGAGACCACGUCGCAUCGAUGUUGGACCUCGGAGCAUACUCAGAAGACUGGCUCUACUCGCUCAACUACUCUCUCUUACCCGGACAAUAUCUGGAUCGGUUCCAUGGAUCGGCUCAUGGAAUCAGGUACUCUUCGGUACCUAAGUCGAUGGUUACCCAGAGCAGUCUGUCUGAAGUUAUCCCGUACUAUUCAUCAGUGCCGGCCAAGUCAUAUAUCGUCCAAGCCAUGUCACAGCAGAUACUUGUACAAUCCCGCUCGCAGUAA